AUGCCGUGGUUACAGUUAGGGCUGAAGGUUUCCAUCGUCAUGUUGAUCCUCUCACACUCAACCUUAUGCCAAAGUAAAAGGAGGAAGGCACAGAGAGAGGGAAACCAGAUCAUCAUUCACGAGGCCAAAAGCCUGAUCUGCCCAGUGGAGAUUAUGUUCAUUGUGGACAGUUCAGAGAAAGCCAAAGCUCUGCUGUUUGAGCGACAGAAGGAGUUCAUCCUGCGUUUCAGCACCAAGCUUGCGCAGCUCCACUCGGCCGGCUGGCGGCUGCGGCUGCGGCUGGCUGCUCUGCAGUACAGUAGCACGGUUUCAGUGGAGCACAACUUCAGAGACUGGCAGGAUGUGGAUGUGUUCCAGAGUCGAGUGGCCGCCAUGACCUUCAUCGGCCAUGGCACCUACUCCGCCUACGGCAUCACCAACGCCACCCAGGUUUUCAGUCGCGAGACCUCCUCCAGCAGCCUGCGGGUGGCGCUGUUGAUGACGGAUGGCACGGACCAUCCUCGUAGCCCCAGCGCAGUGGCAGCUGCUGCCGAGGCCAAACAGCACAGCAUCAGGGUGUUCGUCAUCAGGAUGUCGGGCCUGACCAAGGAUGGGCCCAUGGUUACAAAGCUCCGCUCCAUUGCCAGUGCUCCCCCACAGCAACAUGUUCUCAGCCUCACAGACAACCAGCUGGAUGACAGACUCUUCAGGGAACUGAACACGGUUGUGAAAACUGGGUGCCCACAUCCAAAGACCUGCCUGUGUGAAAAGGGGGAAAGGGGUCCCCCUGGAUCUCCGGGGAAACCAGGGGAGCAGGGCUCAGAUGGAGUGUCUGGCUCAAAGGGAUCUCGUGGGGAAGCUGGUAAUAAUGGACGUCCAGGAAUGGAGGGCCUUGAGGGUCAAACUGGAAGCAAAGGGGAAAAGGGAGAACAAGGGGAAUGUGGUGCCCCUGGUACAAAGGGAGAACAAGGUACAGAUGGACCUCCUGGCCCCAGAGGCCCCAGAGGAGAACAGGGAGACGUGGGAGGACAUGGAGACCAGGGUCCGGAGGGGCCGUUUGGCUCUAAAGGUGAACGAGGACCAAGGGGUGCACCUGGCCCUCCAGGAGAUAAUGGCAUCGGGUUCCCUGGUCCCAAGGGUGACAAGGGGAACCAGGGAAGACCAGGUCCACCUGGACCAGUGGGUGUAGGUGAACCAGGGAUGAUGGGUCCAGUAGGGCCACCAGGGAUGCAAGGAUCUCCAGGAUUUCCCGGUGAGGGUCUCCCAGGAUCCAAUGGUGACAGGGGGUAUGAGGGUCCUAAGGGAAGUCGUGGACCUCCAGGAAUUGGUUACAAAGGUGAUAAGGGAAAUACAGGAGCCCCUGGACUUCCAGGUUUGGUGGGGUUUCCAGGGGCAGGCAUACAAGGAGAAAAGGGGGACCAAGGGCCCACAGGGCCUUCUGGGCCCAGAGGGCCUCCUGGAAUUGGUAUAGUUGGACCAAAGGGUGACCAGGGUUUCCCUGGAGAAUCUGGACCUCAGGGGAAGAGGGGUGUUGGCGAACCAGGACCAAAGGGGGAGCCAGGACCUAAUGGGACUGCUGGGAUACCUGGUAUACCUGGGGAGGAUGGAGCUGCUGGACCUAAGGGAGAGAUGGGGUUGCCAGGUCUGCGAGGAUCAGAAGGAGCACCAGGGAAAGGUUUCUCUGGAGAAAAGGGAGAUAGAGGUGACCGUGGACCAAGGGGACUCUCAGGGGCUCCAGGCCCUAUGGGCCCUGCUGGUGCUAAGGGAGAACCUGGGAGUCCAGGAAUGACAGGCAAUUCUGGACCUGCUGGUCGUGGCAUUCCAGGACCAAAGGGAGAUCCUGGACCUGUAGGACCAACUGGACCUGUGGGAGAACCUGGAAUGGGAAUUAUUGGCCCAAAGGGUAAUAAAGGAAAUCCUGGGCCUGUGGGGCCACCAGGGAUGGAGGGAGAUGGAGUCCCAGGACCACAGGGACUGCCUGGUUUACCGGGAGUGCAAGGAGAGACAGGAGCCGAUGGGAAAGGACUACCUGGAUCUAAGGGUGACAGAGGCUUACCUGGGGUCCCAGGCCCAUCAGGUCCUCCAGGACCAGGACUUUAUGGACCAAAGGGUUCUUCAGGGCAGCCUGGUCCAUUAGGCCUCCCAGGACUUCCAGGAGAGGGCAGCCAGGGUCCAAAGGGAGAGCCUGGGUUUCAAGGACCAGCGGGCCCUCGUGGGGCACCAGGGGAUGGCCUCAUAGGGGAAAAGGGUGAUAGAGGCAUUCCUGGAAACCGGGGAAAGAAAGGAGACAAGGGAAACUAUGGAGAACCCGGAUCUGCUGGACAAAUGGGGAGACCUGGAGAAAAGGGUGAACCAGGACUGACAAGAGAAGAGGUCAUCAGAAUAAUAAGAGAAAUCUGUGGCUGUGGUCUGAAGUGCAGAGAGAGGCCUCUGGAGCUGGUGUUUGUGAUCGACAGCUCGGAGAGCGUGGGACCAGAAAACUUUGAGCUGGUGAAGGACUUUGUGAAUGCUCUUAUUGACCCGUUGUCGGUGAGCACUGAGGCUAGCCAGAUAGGCGUAGUGCUCUACAGCCACGUGGACAUGGUGGUGGCCAGUCUGCAGCAGCAGAACAGUAAAGAAGACAUCAAGGCCGCCGUCAGGAGGAUGCCCUACCUGGGUGAGGGCACCUUUACUGGCAGCGCCAUCCACCGAGCCAACCAGCUAUUCCGGGCCUCGCGACCUGGUGUGAGGAAAGUGGCUGUUGUUAUAACUGACGGGCUGGCUGACCACCGCGACAUCAUGCAGUUUGAGGAAACAGCCAUAGAGGCCCACUAUGAGGGAAUUGAGAUGUUUGUUGUGGGAGUCAUGAGCAAGACUGACCCUCUGUAUGAAGAUUUCCAGGCUGAGAUGAAUGUUAUUGCCUCUGAGCCUGAUGAAAUGCAUGUCUACUUUAUAGAUGACUUCAGGAGUCUUCACACUCUGGAAAGCAUUAUUCUAAGUCGGAUUUGUGAGCAGGAUGACACAAUGGCCUUUCUACCAAACUCUGUUUUUCCAGUCGUGGAAAUCAACCCUGACAUUCCAGAAGAUACCCAUUUCAAAGAGUUCUCAGAGGAAGAAAAUAUACAACGGAAACAAACAGUGAAAGCAGUCACAGCCCCAACCCUACAGUCGCCUGAGUCACAGUGGCCUGAUAACAACCUGGUUGAUAAAGAACUGUUGGUGGAGCCCUGGAACAGGCUUCCAGACAUCACGUUUGCCUCUCCUGCUGGUGCUGGGGGGACUUCAAUAGAGGGCCCUCAGUCACCGAAUGAAUGGCUGCAUGAUGCAUUGAGCACACAGGCUCCAAACAGACCUUCUCCUACACCCCUGACAGACGCAUCAGUUCCAGUUGAAGGAUGCAGUCAGCCUCUGGACCCAGGUCCCUGUCGGCAGUACGAAGUCAAGUGGUACUAUGACCCUGAGGCUAACGCCUGUGCCCAGUUCUGGUAUGGAGGCUGUGAGGGGAAUACAAACAACUUUGAGACUGAGGCCAACUGCAGGGAUUCUUGCAUCUACACGUAA